CACACUGUGUGUGUGUGUGUGUGUGUUCAGAGAGGAUUUAUUUAGUUUUUUCUGUGUUUAAUUCGUUUAUUGUGUUAAAAUGUCUGAUAACGAGGACAAUUUUGAUGAUGGAGACUUUGAUGAUGUGGAGGAGGAUGAGGGACUGGACGACCUGGAGAAUGUGGAGGAUGAGGACCAGGAGAACGUUCAGAUCCUCCCUGCAGGAGAAGGACAGCAGGGCAAUCAAAAGAGGAUCACGACACCGUACAUGACCAAAUACGAGAGAGCCAGAGUGCUGGGGACCAGAGCGCUACAGAUCGCGAUGUGUGCUCCAGUGAUGGUGGAGCUGGAGGGAGAGACGGACCCUCUGCAGAUCGCCAUGAAGGAGCUUAAAGCCAGGAAAAUCCCCAUCAUCAUCCGGAGAUAUCUGCCUGACGGGAGCUACGAGGACUGGGGCUGUGACGAGCUUAUCAUCACUGACUAACACACACACACGGAUGUUUUUACAGUCUCAGUGUUCUGACUGGGAGUGAAACACACUAGUAAAUCUGUAAACAGUGGUUAAAGAUAAAUCACACACACGUAAACAUAAUCGUCAGCGAGGGUCUAAAAUAAACACACAAACAUGCGUAUACACACUUAAACACACACACCAUCAGUACACACCUUCCUGUACAAUGGCCUCAGUGUGUGUGCAGUGAAUAACUCCCUCCACUAGAGGGAGUAAAGUCACCUUUUCAUUGUGAAGUGAAUUUUUAGUUUGUUUUAUUUUAUAUAUGAUGCAAUAAAUCUUUUUGUAUAAAAGAUA